CCCGGCGAUUUGGACGCUUCCGGGUGCGACUCCACCUCCCGGGCCCACGUGGUGGGCAGGCCGCGCCGAGCACCGGUCCCGCGUGGGCUGCUCCGGAGCCGGCAUGGCGGGCGGCCAGGCCUCGGGUGCCGCUCGGUUCUCCUGCCCCCCCAACUUUACGGCGGUGUCUCCAGACGCGGACCCCCCUCGUUUCUCCUUGGAGGCGCUGACAUUCCCGGAUACAGAAGUGUGGCUCAUCCGAGCCCCUGCGGACUUCGCCCCACAGUGCCUCAAUGGGCGGCGCGUGCCUCUCUCCGGCUCAAAGACUGUCAAGGGCAAACUGGAUGGCAGGAAGUGCCGAUACAGGGUCCUUACCAGCAGCCCCCAGGCCGGAGAAGCCACCCUGCUGGCCUCGUCAGCAGAGGCCGGAGGGAAACUCACCUGUGGCCCAGCCCCCCAUGGAAGCUUACGGAUCAUGGAGGGCCUUCAAGAAUUUCUUAUCUCUCGGGUCCCUCUGCAGCCCAUUCCCACAAGCCUGCCACCUCAGAUCCCUGAUGGCCUAAGGCCUCGGUUCUCUGCCUUUGGAGGGAGCCCUCCUGUCACGGGCCCUGGGUCCGUCAUGCCUCUGAGGUCGUCCACUUCAGGGAAGAAGAAAAAGAAGAGAAAGCUCGCAGAGGCCUCAGCCAUUCAGGAGGCAGCGCACGGGCACGGAGCCAUGGAGGGAGACACAGCCUGGGGUGGCCCAGAAAUGAAGGAGAAGAAGAAGCACCAGGCGGGUGAGGUAGAGACGAUGGAAGCAGCAGAGCCCCUGGCAGAGACGGUGGAGCCUUCGGAACCACCAUUCCCAUCUGCCACCGGAAACAAGAAGAAGAGCAGGAGGAGCAGGUCCAGGGGGGCAGAGACAUUCCAGCCACAAGAGGAGCUGGGGCCCACGGAGCCUGAGGCUGAGACGCAGCCUCCUGAAGGGACCAUCCUGUCCCCCACCAAGAAGAGGAAGAGGCGGGAGGAGCCUGAAGGGAUGGAGGCAGCCGAGGACACCAUGGCUGACUCUCCGUCACAGGUCCCUGUGGAACCCCAGGAGGAAGCCAUCCCACUGCCCCCCACAAAGAAGAGGAGGAAAGAAAAGAGGCAGGAUUUGGUAGUGAAGCCAGAGGCGGGGCUCCCUGGAGUGGUGACAGAGCCUGAACUUUCCGGACACGGGCUUCAGGCCGAGGCAGCUCCUGUGUCCCCCAAGAAAACAAAGAAGAGGAAGAAGGAAAAGCGGCUGGGUGAGGAGCUGGCCUUGGGCACCGAGGUGACAGAGGCUGCACUUCCCGCUGACUUUGAGCCCCCAUCUGAGGUGACGGACCCACGAGAGUCUGAGGAGCCCGAGGCCGUUCAAGGGACCACAAAGAAAAAGAAGAAGCAGAGGAAGGAUCAGGGAAGUGGGGUGUAAGGCACCGUCCCCCACUGGGAGAUACCUACCGCGGGACAGGAGACAGAGCAGAAGAGCCCUAAAAGCACCCUGGGGAAACUGAGGAACUAGCGGGGCUCACGGGGCCCAGGAAGGAGAACAUGCCAGCACACCCAGCAGGGGCCUGGAAAAUGCUUUAUUGUGACACUGGAGCUCGGGCAGCGGGUCAUCGGGGCACUUUGAGGAAGGGUUCGUGGAGGACGUCAAAGAGCCUGCGGGCCUAAGGGCCGGGAGAGAAAGAGUUUGUCAUUAAAGGCUGUUUGCUUAGA